AUGAAUAACACGUGUAUCUCACUUAAAAAUGGUCUCACUCUCCCAACUCUCUUUCUUCUUCUUCUUCACAACUCUGCAACUCCCAGCCCUACCUCCAACCCCCCCUCCUCCACAUUCAACCCCCCAACCCCCAUCCAAGCCCUCUCUUCCGACUCCCUCCGCCUCUCUGUCCUCCAGUCCCACCGCCGCUCCGUCGCCUCCCCCGUUGUCUCCGGCGCCUCCACCGGCUCCGGCCAGUACUUCGUCCACCUCCGCCUCGGUUCCCCUCCGCAGCCCCUCCUCCUCGUCGCCGACACAGGCAGCGACCUCGUCUGGCUCCGCUGCUCCGCCUGCAAAUCCUGCUCCCGCCGCCUCCCCGGCUCCGCCUUUCUCGCCCGCCACUCCUCCACAUUCUCCCCCUUCCGAGUGCUUCCGCCUCCGCUGCCCAAAGUGCGGUGGUUCAUGCUGACGACAUUGGUGGUGGGUUUUUUUUUGGCUGAGGUUGGUGAUGGGUUUGUGGAGGUUGGAAGAGGGGUGUGGAAGAGGAUGAGGUUGGGUUUAGGAGUGGAGGGAGGACAGAGAGGCGGAGGGAGUCGGAAGAGAGGGCUUGGGUGGGGGUUGGGGAGGGUUGAAUGUGGAGGAGGGGCGGUUGGAGGUAGGGCUGGGAGUUGCAGAGUUGUGAAGAAGAAGAAGAAAGGGAGUUGGGAGAGUGAGACCAUUUUUGAGUGA